GAUUUUGUCUUAUUCAAUUCAAAUUUUCCAGAAACCCAAUUUCAAAAGCUGUCACGUACGGCUACUCUACGCCGGCGUUGCGCUGUGUAUUUCAAUCUCUCUCUCUCUCUCUCUUCCUAACCCUAACUAAGUUCAGAAUUUCAAUCUCUCUCUGGUUAAACCCUAGUCCCCAUCCGAGCUUAGAGAUUCAACAAUGGCGUUCUUCAAAUUGAUUCUCUCUACCUCCGUCACCAAUCUGAAAUGCGCUUCCACGCGCCGCUUCAGCCAACCCAUGAGCACCUUCUUUCGGCCGGGAUCAUACAUAUACGACCAGAUCAUCGAGCCAUUAUCCCCAAGCAUAGUCGUAAUCCAGAGCUGCUUCUCCGACUCCCUGAAGAUUCCCGGUUCCCGCCGCACCGGCGUCGGCGUUUUCCUCGAUUCCGCCUCAAUUCUCACCUCCGCCCACCUAAUCGGACACGUCACCUCCUCCUACGAGCCCAAAAUCCUCGACAAACCCGACCGCUUCGAGCACGGUUCCAUUAUUCACAAAGCUUACCUCGCCCCCACGGUUGCCCAUACCGUUGUUGCCCGCCGGCCACUGGAGAUAAAACCCGUGGCGGUGAACUUCUCCAGCGACGUCGCCGUACUGAAGGUGGUGGUGCCGCCUCCGCCUGACCAGGAGGAAACCUCUUUCCCUCGCCACCGCUCGAUUGCGAAUUCUCCCCCUAACAAGGACGAUUUGUUGAUGUCUAUUGCUUAUAGGGGCGGUAUUGAUCAUUUGACGUUUGUGGUAACAAAUGUUAGGUCGGUUGGAAAAAAGACCUUCAAAGUGAAGGCGCCGUGGCCUCUAGACAACGACUCGGGGUGGAUCGAACUCGAUGCGUCCAAGUUUAACGGCGGCAAUCCUCCCCCGUGCAGUAAAAUGUUCAACGGCGGUGGAUCGGAGGUUACUGUUUCAAUGUCGAGGCUUAACGGAUGCCCUUGGUUCAACGUGCGUGGCGAGGUCGUUGGUGUUGGUUCGUGGGAAGUGAGGGAUCACCCGUCUGAUCCGUAUGCUGUGUUUUUCGGAGCGUCUCUUUCGUCCAUCAAAGCUGCGGUGGAGUAUGCAAAUACCAAGAAACCAGAGGACCCGAUUGUAAUGGAUGGAUGGAUCAAAGGCUCGAAUCAGUUCUAGAUACGAUUGGUAAGGGCUGGAUGAACUAUUUUCUUUUGAGGUGUACGUAAACGAGACAACGGUGAGAUUAGGACGCAAGAACUUUUCGUGUAUAGCGGUCCAAUUCUAUCUUUUUCGAAUUAACAGGGUUUCGCAACUUGAAUGAUCUCUUUAAUUUCUGAAUGGUGUAUUUAGUGUAACUAUCUAAUAUACAUGUGCAGUUAUAACAAUU